CAUUCAAAAGUGUUAGGCUUAUCCAAGAUUCAACAUGGCAAUUCUGUCAAAUACAAAAGGUUUACAUUUGCUGAAAAUCUUCGAACUCUUGAAAAGAAAUGAGCUGUCUGGGUGGACUGUCAACUGGAGAUGUUCAAACUUCAGAAAGUGUGACAUUUUUCCAAUUGGAUGGCAGCCUUUCCCACUAUAUGUAUGAGAUAUCAUUAUCAAGUUACAAAAAUCCCACUAUAUUAUUACCUCACCCAUUACUCCGUACAAGUUGUAUCAGUUUUUUUUAAUUGAUCACUGUCCAUCACGUCUUUUCUGGAGUUCUAUAAAUCCGCGCCAUUGCUAGCAAGAAAAAUCUGCAGAAACUGAUGGUACAUCAGAAAACAGAGCUGAUUACCUACAUUUAUGAUCAAGUUGACAUAUCCUAGUCCUACCAAUGGCCGUCAUAACAUCUCAACCUGAGCUUCAGCUCGUGGUAGGCACACCCCACACCAGCAGCAGCGUUGCUAUUGAUCAUAUUCAAAAUAGCAGCUGCCUCUCAACCAUUAUUGCUAGGCGUAUUAAGGAAUCAUUAACUUCCAUCCUAACCAAAUUUCAUGCUGGUUAUUUUAGGGUAAGCCUAUCUUUGGGUGGCCAAGCUUUAUUAUGGAAGACACUGAUAGGCCCAACCGAUGAUACAAGCACUUUAAGACUUACCCUCCAUAUGUUUCAUCCCACAGCUUUUACUCUUCUCUGGUCUUUCUCAUUCUUUACCCUUGUUUUGCUUUCAAUUCUUUACCUUUUGAGAUGUUUAUUUUACUUUAAGAUGGUGAAAGAAGAGUUCUUGCACCGUGUAGGAGUCAACUACCUAUUCGCUCCAUCGAUUUCUUGGCUUCUUUUGCUUCAAUCAGGGCCCUUCUUUACUCCAAACUACCACUACUCAUACGUUGUUCUCUGGUGGGUUUUUGCGGUUCCUGUUGUAGUUCUUGAUGUGAAAAUCUAUGGUCAAUGGUUUACCAAAGGAAAGAAGUUUUUAUCAGCAGUAGCAAAUCCAACAAGCCAGUUAUCAGUUAUAGGGAACCUGGUCAGUGCACAAGCGGCAGCAAAUAUGGGGUGGAAAGAGAGUGCUAUUGGGUUUUUUUCACUAGGGAUGGUGCAUUAUUUGGUGCUCUUCGUGACGCUUUACCAACGUUUAUCAGGCACCGAUAGGCUUCCGACGAUGUUAAGGCCGGCUUUCUUUUUGUUCUUCGCAGCUCCGAGCAUGGCUAGCUUGGCUUGGCAAUCGAUUGCUGGUUCUUUCGAUACUACAUCAAAAAUGCUUUUCUUUCUCUCGCUCUUCCUCUUCAUGUCACUAGUUUGCAGGCCGACUCUGUUUAAGAGAUCUAUGAGAAGGUUCAAUGUGGCGUGGUGGGCUUACUCGUUUCCCUUGUCUGUUCUCGCUCUGGCUUCAAUGGAAUACGCAGAAGAAGUUAAAGGCGACAUUGCACAUCUGUUAAUGCUUCUUCUUUUAACAUUUUCUGUCUUGGUCUCCAUUACUUUGAUCAUUUUCACUCUGCUCAACACCAAAAUUUUGCUCUUACCUAACCAUUUUGAUCACAUUGGAAGUUUCCUUUCUCUGCCAAGAGUGUCACCGCUGAGCAAAAAAACAACUACCACAUGUGUUUGAUUAGAUAAAUGAUAAAACAAGUGUACAGAUCAUAGUGAUGAGUACUCAUAGGAUUUUGGGGUAAAUCCACAAGACUGUAAACAAAUAUGAUUUCAUUUUUGCAAAUAUGAAUGCAUAUUUAUUAAAAUCAUGUUUUACAAGUUCAAACUUCAAACCAUGGAAAUCAUGCUUAGAAAUUGAGUUAAAAGAAUUGGAUAAUAAGUGUGCAAACUGGACAUGGAAAUCAUGGAGAAAAAGGGAUGAAAC